AUGAUGACAACUGUCUUUUCAAAUCCCACCCAUACCGGGUGCACCAGCGGCAGCUGCAGCACCAGCACUAGUAGUACCUCCUCCAGCAGUAGAGAGGAGAGAGAGAGGGAUAGAGACAAGGGUGCCCGAGGCCAGAGGAGCACUCCAGAGCCCAUUAUGAGUGAUGAAGAUGCUGAGACCUGGGACUCUGAGGAGGCAGUGAGUUUGCAUUCUGAGCCAUCUGAGAGUGAGGGUGACGAUGCCAGCUCUGGUUCCGAGAGCGGAGGUUCUGAUGCCGAGAUAGGUUCAAGGAUAGAGAGUGGAGAUACUACCAGCUCUGGUUCAGAGGUUGAUUCUGGCAGCAGUGCUUCUGACAGUGGCGCAGAUGGAGAUAGUGCCUCUGAGUCCUCUCCUCUGAGGAAAAGGACGAAGAGGGCCCCUCCAGCCUGA